UGGCACCCAGAAAGAAGAGACGCGGCGGCGGCGACGCCGACACCCGCACGGCGAGCGCCCUGAGGUGCCCGCGAGCUCCACAGUCAGGCGGCGAGGCCCGGGUCCGGCCACCCCGCGGGUAAAGAGACGCCGACGCCGGCCCCUCGCCGCGCCAUGUUCAAGAAGCUGAAGCAGAAGAUCAGCGAGGAGCAGCAGCAGCUGCAGCAGGCGUCAGCCCCUGCCCAGGCUUCCUUGAGCUCUUCAACACCAACAAGGAUUAGAAGCAGGACAUCUUCAUUUACGGACCAGCUUGAUGACGUGACACCCAGCAGAGAGAUACUAGCCGGGAUGGUAGCAGAACCUGCCUUUCUCUCUGAGUAUACUAUCUUUGCUUUGGAUUCCUCCAAACAGCCUAAAACACAGAUUGACAGUGUGAAUGCAUCAGCUCAAGCUACAAAGUCUCCAGAUGGUGUUAAUAGAAAUGAAGCAUCUCCUCCUCAGUCGGGCGACACACAGACCUUUGCGCAGAAGCUGCAGCUCCGAGUGCCUUCCGUGGAGUCUCUGUUUCGAAGUCCCAUAAAGGAAUCUCUGUUCUGGUCUUCUAAAGAGUCUAUGGUACGAACAUCCUCCAGAGACUCAUUGAACCAACUUGACCUGGACUGUCCCGCUGCCACCUUUGAUCCACCUUCUGACAUGGAGAGCGAGGCUGAGGACGCACCAGGGAGUUCAGACGGUCUCACCAGGGAGCAGCUGCUGCAGCGGCUGCGGAGAAUGGAACGAAGCUUAAGUAGCUACCGAGGGAAAUACUCAGAGCUCGUCACAGCGUAUCAGACUCUUCAGAGGGAGAAGAAAAAGUUACAAGGGAUAUUGAGUCAGAGUCAAGAUAAAUCACUUCGGAGGAUUUCAGAAUUGAGAGAGGAGCUGCAAAUGGACCAGCAAGCAAAGAGACAUCUCCAGGAAGAGUUUGAUGCUUGUCUGGAGGAGAAAGAUCAGUACAUCAGCGUUCUCCAGACACAGGUUUCUCUCCUAAAGCAACGUUUACAAAAUGGCCCAAUGAGUGUUGAUAUACCACAGCCACCGCCUCCAGUGGAGCUCCAGGCAGAAGUGGAUACUGACAAAGAGAAGAUAGAGGAUGUCGGGGAGCCAGUGGGAGGUGGAGCUUCUGCUAAAACACUGGAAAUGCUUCAACAAAGAGUGAAACGUCAGGAGAAUCUGCUGCAGCGUUGUAAGGAAACAAUUCGGUCCCAUAAGGAGCAGUGCACACUGCUAGUCAGCGAAAAGGAAGCCCUGCAGGAGCAGCUGGAGGAAAGGUUGCAGGAACUGGAAAAGAUAAAGGAGCUUCAUAUGGCUGAGAAGACUAAACUUAUCACUCAGUUGCGUGAUGCAAAGAACUUAAUUGAACAGCUUGAACAAGAUAAGGGAAUGGUAUUAACAGAGACAAAGCGGCAGAUGCAUGAGACCCUGGAACUGAAAGAAGAGGAAAUUGCUCAGCUUCGUAGUCGUAUCAAACAAAUGACUACCCAAGGAGAGGAACUGCGGGAACAGAAAGAGAAGUCUGAAAGAGCUGCUUUUGAAGAACUUGAAAAAGCCUUGAGUACAGCCCAAAAAACUGAAGAAGCACAGAGAAAACUGAAGGCAGAAAUGGACGAACAGAUAAAGGCUGUUGAGAGAGCAAGCGAGGAAGAGCGCCUCCGUCUUCAGCAUGAACUGGGUCGGGUGAGACAGGAGGCCGUCAGCAUGAUGAAAAAGACCUCAGAAGAACAAAUUGCUGAACUUCAGAAGUUGCAUGCAGAGGAGCUGGCCAGCAAAGAGCAGGAACUGGCAAGGAAGCUCCAGACCCGAGAAAGGGAGCUGCAUGAGCAGAUGAAAAUAGCCCUUGAAAAGAGUCGAUCAGAAUAUUUGAAGCUUACCCAAGAAAAAGAGCAGCAAGAAUCAUUGGCUCUAGAAGAGUUAGAGCUGCAGAAAAAAGCAAUACUUUCAGAGAGUGAAAAUAAACUCCAGGAACUUGGGCGGGAAGCAGAGGCUUACCGAACUAGAAUUCUUGAAUUGGAAACCUCUUUGGAAAAAAGCUUACAAGAAAGCAAAACCCAAUCAGAGCGUUUAGCUGUCCAUCUGGAAGCCGAGAAGAAUAAACACAAUGAAGAACUCACAGCCAUGGCCGAGAAGCACAGGACAGAGCUGGAGUGCUUCCAACAGCAGCAGACCAGCCUGUGGACCAAGAGACUCCAGGACCUCACGCAGCAGCAGCAGGCUACAGUGGAGGAGCUCAGAGAGAAGUACGAACAAGAAAAAGAUGCCUUAUUAAAGGAGAAGGAGAGUCUUUUUCAGGCCCACAUACAAGACAUGAAUGAAAAGACCUUGGAGAAACUGGACGUGAAGCAGACAGAACUGGAAUCCCUGUCUUCUGAGCUGUCGGAAGCACUGAAAGCCCGUGAGCGGCUCACAGAGGAGCUUUCUGUCCUGAGGUGUGAUGCAGACAAAAUGAAGCAGGCCUUAGAGGCUGAGUUGGAGGAGCAGAGACGUUACCACCAGCGUGAGGUUGACAGCAUCAGUAAGGAACAAGAAAUAACUGUGCAGAGGACUGAGAAGGCCCUAAAAGAUGAAGUCAACCAGCUGGGGCUUCUCCUGAAGGAGAGAGACGAGCACCUGAAAGAGCAGCAGGCUCGGAUAGAGGAUCUCGAAGCUCGUCUUGAAAAGUCUGCCGGGGAGCUCCAGCAGGCCUUGGCUAAGCUGGAGCAUCUCCAUUCACAGCAGAGCGCUACACACGAGCAGACGGGCGCGUACGAGGAGCAGCUGGCCCAAAUGCAGCAGAAGGUGCUGGGUCUGGAAACAGAGAAGAACCUUCUUACCCAGCAGGUAGCUGAAAUAGAAACACAGAAAGAGCACGUGUGUGUGGAAUUAGACACUUGGAGAGCGCAGGUGCAGCAGCUUGAGGACCAGAAGCGUGAGCUGGAGGAGAGAGGCAGGUCGUUAGCCCAGCUGCACGAGUCACACCUCAAGGACAGUAACAUGGAGAAGGAGCAGACAAGGCAAAUCCUGUUGGAAAAGGAAAAUGUCAUUUUACAAAUGAGAGAAGAACAGACCAAAGAAAUUGAGGUCCUCAAACAGAAAUUGUCUUCUAAAGAAGAGAGUAUUAGUGUUUUGCGUGAGGAAUAUGAAACCAAAUUUAAAAACCAGGAAAAAAGGAUGGAAAAAAUUAAGCAGAAAGCAAAAGAAAUGCAAGAAACAAAGAAAAAGUUGUUGGACCAGGAAGCCAAACUUCAAAAAGAGCUUGAAAAUAGCGCCCUAGAGCUCGGUCAGAAAGAGAGGCAGUUCAGUGCCCAGAUCCUGGAGAUGGCACAGGCCAACUCAGCUGGGAUCAGUGACGCCGUGUCAAGACUGGAGGCCGACCACAGGCAGCGGCUAGAGAGUCUGACGGGCGCGCACCAGCGGGAGCUUGAUGACGUCACAGAGUCCUGGGAGAGGAGACUCAGUCAGCAAGCUGAGGAACUGCGGGACGAGCAUGAGAGCCGGAUAGAGGAGAAGGAACGGGAGCUGGCAGAGCUGAAGCAGAAGCUCCUCACAGUCGCAUCUGAAAAAGAGGAGGUGAACAAGGAAGUGCUGGGGCUGAAGGAGGCGGUGAGCAGGCGGGAGGCGGCGCUAGCCGACCUGCAGGAGCACUUCCAGCAGAAGGCUGCUCAGGUCACCUCACUCUCACAGAACCAAUCUCAGCUGAAGUCACAGGUCGAAAAGCUGGAAGUCGAUUUGGGUCGUUGUCUGACUGAGAAGGUUUCUCUUCAAGAGGAGCUAACUGAGCUGAAGAUGCUGACAGAGAAGGGGAAGCUCAGGGUUUCUGAGCUCACAGGCAAGGUGCAGGCUGCGGAGGAGGAGCUCCGAAGCUGCAGGGCUUUACAGGAAAGCAGUAGGAAGAGCCUAGAGGACAAAAGCUUGACCCUCAAAACCCUGCUCGGAGAACUAGCAUCUCAGCUAGACAGUCGCUGUGAGCAAACCAAAGCUUUGUUAGAAGCUAAAACAAAUGAAUUACUCAGUGUCAGCGGCGACAAAACGGACACCAUUCUCUCCAGACUUUCCCGCUGUCAGCAGCACACGGCCACAGUUAGGGAGACUCUGCUCAUGAAGAUGGGCCAAGUUUCUGAAUUAGAAGCACAACUUACACAGUUGAGAGACGAGCAGCACACACUAAAGAGCUCUUUCCAACAGGCUACCCAUCAGCUGGAAGAAAAAGAGAAUCAGAUUAAAGCCAUGAAGGCUGAUAUCGAAGGUCUCAUCACAGAAAAGGAAGCCUUACAGAAGGAAGGAGGGCAGCAGCAGCAGGCAGCCUGCGAAAAGGAGUCGUGCAUCACACGGCUGAAGAAAGAGUUAUCGGAGAACAUCAAUGCAGUCACACUGCUGAGAGGAGAGCUUUCGGAGAAGACGGCUGAGAUCGACAGCCUUCGCAAGCAGCUGAGUGAGGUCCGUGCUCAGCUGGAGAACAGCGUCAGCCUAAGUGACAAAGCAGCAGCCAUUUCCUCACUGAGCAAGCAGCAUGAGGAGCGACAGAUGGAACUGCAAGGUCAAGUGCAAGACCUGUCUUUGAAAGUCGAUGCUCUGAGUAAAGAGAAAACGGCUGCUCUUGAGCAGGUCGCUCAUUGGUCCAACAAGUUCUCAGAGUGGAAGAAAAAAGCCCAGCCCAGAUUUGCACAGUACCAGAGCACUAUUAAAGACCUACAGACACAGCUGGACAUAAAAGCCAAAGAAGCCAGUGAAAAGGAUGAGCAGAUACAUUUACUGAAGGAAGACCUUGAUCAGCAGAGUAAAAGAUUUGAAUGUUUAAAGGGUGAGAUGGAAGACAGGAAGAGCAAGAUGGAGAAGAAGGAGUGUGACUUAGAGACUGAAUUGAAGGUGCAGACAGCAAGGGUUGCUGAGUUAGAGGACUCUCUUACUCAGAGGAAAAAAGAAAUUGAGUCCCUAAAUGAAACACUUAGAAAUUACAACCAACAGAAGGACACUGAGCAGAAUGAACUGGUCCAGAAACUUCAACACUUUGAAGAGAUGGGAGAGGAGAAGGACAACAAGGUCAGGGAGGCUGAGGAAAAGGUCCUGAGACUAGAAAAGCAAGUGUCCUCCCUAGAAGCUGAGCUUGGAAUUAUGAAGAAAGAGCUAGAACACGUGACUUGCAGUGUGAAAACCAGAGAUGGGGAGCUGAAGGCUCUGGAAGACAAGCUGGAGCUAGAAAGUGCUGCCAAAGUGGAGCUGAAGAGGAAGGCGGAGCAGAAGAUCGCUGCCAUCAGGAAGCAGUUAGUGUCUCAGAUGGAAGAGAAGAGACAGCAGUAUGAGAAAGAUGCAGAAAGCCAGUUGAGCGAGCUGAAUGCUAAGUUACAAGACAGAGAAAAGCAAAUUCACAUUCUGGAAGAAAAACUUAAAAACCUAGAAAGUUCUUCCCAAUCAGAGAUGCCGGUCGUGUCCAGAUCCGUACAAAGUGUGGCAGCAUCUUCCGAACAAGACACAGUAGAUUCCCAAGGCUGCACACACAAGGCGUGCGAGGAAAGGAUCUGCACACUACAAAGAAGAUUAGCUGAAAGGGAGAAGUUGCUGCACAGGCUGGAGCAGGGAGAGGGUGAGUCGGUGUUGUCUCCGUCUGGAAUGCAGCUCUCCAUGACCUUAGACCACACCCGAGCCAAACAACCCAACCAUCAGAUUUCUGUAGGAUGUCUUCAAAAAGAACUUGAAGAAAAGAAGAUGAACUGUUCCUUCAUUGAGUCCCAGCCCACGGAAGAAGAGAUGGGUAAAAACAAUCCAGGGAAGCAGAACUGGGCAAGUGUGGUUGAGAGUGUUCAGAAAACCCUCCAGGAAAAGGAGCUGACCUGCCAGACCCUGGAGCAGAAGAUAAAAGAGCUGGAGGCAGACUUAGUAAGAGAGAGGGACUCACACAGACUUGAAAUGGACAAGUUGGCCUUAAGAUACGAGAACUCGCAAGCCUCACAGCAAGAAAUGGAUGGGGAAAAUAAACCUGUCGAAAUUUUAAAAAAUAGUUCUGAGGAAAAUUCCAAGUCACAUGUGAUCCAACCGAAAUUGGGGAAUAACAUGGACACCCAGCACAAUGACCUGGAGUUGAAGUUAGCAGGGGCGGAGCGGGAGAAGCAGAAGCUGAGCAGGGAGGUGGCUAGACUGCAGAAAGAUCUUCGGGUGCUGAGGAAGGAGCAUCAGCAGGAGCUGGACAUCCUGAAGAAAGAGUGUGUGCAGGAAGCGGAGGACAAACUCAAACAGGAGCAAGAGGAUCUUGAGUUGAAGCACACUUCCAUACUGAAGCAGCUGAUGAGGGAGUUUAACACCCAGCUGGCCCAGAAGGAGCAGGAACUAGAGAGGACCAUCCAGGAGACCAUCCACAAGGCCCAAGAGGUGGAAGCUGAACUUCUAGAGACCCACCAAGAAGAGACUCAGCAGUUGCAUAGAAAGAUCGCGGAGAAAGACGAUGACCUGAAGAGGACAGCCAGGACGUACGAGGAGAUCCUUGACGCUCGUGAAGAAGAAAUGACUGCAAAAGUAAAUGACCUCCAGACUCAACUUGAGGAACUGCAGAAGAAGUAUGAGCACAGGCUGGAUCCAGAGAACAGCGUGGAGGACAAUGUAACAAUUAUGGAGCUACAGGCACAGCUAGCUCAGAAGACCACUCUGAUCAGCGAUUCCAAGUUAAAGGAGCAGGAGCUGAGAGAGCAGGUUCAUAAUUUAGAAGACCGUUUGAAAAGAUAUGAAAAGCCUGUGUGCGCGACAGCCGUGGGGACACCUUACCAAGGUGGCAAUCUACACCACACUGAUGUCUCACUCUUUGGAGAACCUACUGAGUUCGAAUAUUUGCGAAAAGUCCUGUUUGAAUAUAUGAUGGGUCGGGAGACCAAGACCAUGGCGAAAGUUAUAACCACUGUCUUGAAAUUCCCUGAUGAUCAGGCUCAGAAAAUUUUGGAAAGAGAAGAUACCCGGCUGAUGUUUCCUUCACCUCGCAGUGGCAUCUUCUGAUACCUGAGUCUGUGCUUAGUAAGCGUGUGUCAUGGCUCCGAACUUCAUCUUGAAGAAAUGGGGAGAAUGAGGUUGGGCAGCCGCUGCUUGGCAAACUGCCCAUGCUUGCUGUCUUUCCGGCCCCUGUGUCAUGCAGACAGGUCUUACCUGGUCCGCAGGCACUGCUUGUAAAGCGGGUGUUCUGGGUGGAGAAAGGGGGAUGGUUUUGUUCUUUUCCUUCAGUUUGUCCUUGGGAAGUUUUCUGUGGUUGUGGCUGUUCUGACUGGCUUGCCCCGUCACUCAGUGUCCCUGUCAUCUUUUCUUUCCCCCUUUAAAGAACUGCCUGUCUUCCUUAUUUAUUUUAGGGUGAUUUCUUUUUCUUCUUCAAGACUUGUGCAAUAUAUUUUGAGGUGAAACUUAGUGGAUUUUUUUCUGAUAAAUUAGAGAAAAUUCUCUAUUUCCCAGAUUGAUUUUUUGACUAUUUGCUAAAGCCUAAUUCUUUAAGCUAUAAGUCCCAAAUGGCAGCACCUCAUGUUUACCUAGCUUUUAUACUUAUAUUAUUUUUCAGAGGAAAAAAUACUACUGUAAAUUGUAAAUAGUGAAUACAUAAUCCUAUUGUAUGCACAUCAGUGACUGUUGGCCAUGUCAUCUCAGAAGAUCAGAUAAAUAAAGUUUAUUUCCUUUAUAAUA